AUGUCGCUCUGUGCUGUCUUCUGCAUCGCUGACAUACCCAGUCAUGUCCUCAACGCGUUCGUGGAACGUAGCGAACAAUUCCUCAGAGGAGAAUAUCCUUUUUUCCAUGACACAAGGGUCGAAGACCAUCUUGUAAUCCUCACAUCAACUGAGGACAUCCCCGACGAAGGCGCUCCCCUCCCCAUUCACUCAUUCAAGUCCCCUUUCCUCGACCAGACUGUGGAAGACAUCCGAGACUGGUUCGACCUCAACAUCACACAGGACGAAGACUUCGAAAUAGUUUACAUGCCAUACUGCUUCGUCGUGCUCGACGAGCGCAGCGUCACCGACGAAACAUGCCUCUUUGUCAGCACGGACGUCGAGGAUGCGCCGUUCAAGUCGAUCCGCUGCGACUUUUAUGUGGCGUACCAUGUCGCGAUUCAGUGUACCGAAACACAAACCAUCGAGGAAGAUUACAUAGGCUUCUUCCUAAGGAGUGGGAUGGUUAUGACCAGGGAGCUCAAGAAAUUGGCGUUGGACGGAGGGCUGUAUAUCGAAGGUGGGGAGGUGAAGGUGGAUCAGGAGUUUAAAGAUCUUAUGGAGGAAUAUUCAAUAUAG